UUGGAGAACCCUACGUGGAACUCUCGUCUCGAGGAGUUCCUUUAUCAUGUGGGGGAGGAGUUGGGCUACGGCUGCACGGAACUAGACGCGGAACUGGAGAAGCUUGUGGUGUAUGAACCUGGUGGGCGGCUGGAGAAGCGCAAAUGUGCUGAAGGAGUAGCUGGAGAGGUUGCCAAGCUUGUGGUGCAGCUGCCAUCGAUGUUCACGGGUGGAGAUAUGGUGGUGUACAGUGACGAAGACAACUCGAAACACCUGAGGAUGGAUAUGGGCAAGAAAGCGUGCACGGCUGCGUACAGUCCAUGUUGCGCGGUGUUCGUUGCUGACGCGGAGCAUGCUGUCGAGGAAGUGAAGAGUGGCUACCGAGUUGUGUUGGUGUAUUCGCUGCGACUACCUGAAGAUGAGGACUCCCCCGGAGUAAGGCGUGCGGGUCAGCUGGUCGUGAAUGUAAUGCGUGACGCUAUGGCUGCAUUUGGAGAGAAAGACACGUUUGCGCUGCUUCUGUCAUCGAACUAUGGAUACGCUGGUUUGGGUCGAGUUGCUGAAGGAAGAAGACCGUAA